AUGAUGAAUCAACAGCAAUACUCUCAACUUGUCAACGACGAACUCGACGAUGGUGUCUCUCCUAAACAGAGCCGAACAUCUAACAAGACUAAAAUCCUUCUAUUGGGAGCAGCACUUGUGCUUCUCGGUUUUGUCGCGGGGCUUUUUUUCAGGGUCAUUAUAACUUCUCCAGAGAAUGUUUCUAUGGCUAACGCUUGUGAGGAAUGUAUUCCACUGGUAAAGCAAGAUGUACGCCAUUACCCUGAGUUCGAGGCGCCGCCGCCUAAAAAUGGAGGACAAGAACCUGUUUGGGACUCCAUGAUCCCCAACGGUGUGGGAUACGUAUCCCAUUCACAACUCGUUCCGAAUACAUCCAUGGUUGGCGUGUUUCAUCAGUUGCAUUGCCUAUAUCUCAUCCGCCGGGCCUACUACGCUAACCCGAAUCUGAAGCCCAAAAGGAAGACUUCGACAUGGGAAUCAAUCGCCCUCCGCACGCGGGACAUUGCUCUGAUUACUUACGGCAAGGAAUUAUAUGUGCAGCAGAUUCGAGCCUAG